ACUAUGGCAUUUACAGUGAGGAAUUUUAUAUUUCAGGAGCAUAUGUUUAAAAUGAUGGGGACAUUCAAGAUGCAGACAUCUGUUGACAAUGUAUAUGGCCAUCUAGAGAAGUACACUACCUUUGUAGUCAUUCCGAGACAGCUUAGCAACCUGACCAUUGACCUUGACCCAGAUUCCAGUCACCUAGUUGCUGUAGGUCAACCAGUGCAUUUUUUAGUGUCACUUAUAACUACUUCAAGAAGCAACAGGUCGUUGCGGGUCUGGUAUGGCGAUCACCAUAGUAACACGGUGUCUCUUGCCGACACAAUGUCACCGAGACUGGUUCUUGUAGGGGAUGGCAAAGAUAUGGAAAUAAUAGCAAGCUAUGGAGAGGGCUGUAAGCUGCAAUUGGAGUUUUAUUAUACAUAUAGAACAGAAGGAUUAUACAAACCAAGUGUUGCUGUGUUUGAAGAUAAAGACAUAGACAACAUUCUUGAUAAACAAGUGAACGGUUUGGUUGAUGGAAAUGCAAAGAUUAGUAAAGUACGUGAUCAAAGGGUGCAUACAGAAUUGGAUAUCUUUGCAGAAUUUUAUGAGUAUUCAAGAGACGCAAAACAUGACAAUAUAGUGGGUGACGGGGAAACCAGAAGCGAUCAUUUAGAUGACGUUAAUGCAGAUUUAUCUGACAAAUUGAGUAGGAAUAUUUUAGUUCUGUCUAAGAUUACUGGGGCUCGGAUUCAUACAUCACGUAUCGCCAGAUGUAAUCAUCUGGUUGAAAUGAAUUUAUUGAUACCUUCGGCUUUAAAUGUAUCGGUGCAUUGGCAUAUUUACAGAAUUUCUGAUGACUUUAAUGAUUACAGUGAAGAAACGUAUCCAGAUGAUUAUGAGAAUAACGAUGAAAUUCCUGCGAGUGAUGUGAACGAGAAUAAUAAUGACUUGGUACUUGUGUUUGAAAAGGAGAUACAGGAUACAAGUUUGGUUUUUAUGUUCCAACAAGUUGGAGCUUACUUGAUCACGGCCGGAGUGAGGAAUGCUGUAAGUACUGCCGAGGCAAGUUUCAAUAUUUUUGUUCAGUGUCCAAUCGAGGGUUUAAUUGCUUCAUGUACUAGAGAAUUUAUUCCAAUUGGGGCCGAGUUGAUGUGCAUGGCAAAGGUUGAGAGAGGCUCGGAUAUUGAGUUCCACUGGUAUAUAGAAGGUAUUGAAACAAAUACGUACACUCAAUUUGAAAACCAUACUUCAGUGGUACGGCACGUUUUUAAAAGAUCUGGAAUAUACGACAUUUCCCUGCAUGCGAUAAAUAAUGUAAGUAAAGAUUAUUACGAGGUUGUAUCUCCGGUACAUGUGCAAAACCCAAUUAAGAAUAUCAACGUGUUAAAAGAGUCACCAAACUUGCUCGGAAAUGUGACAGAAAUAGUGGGAAUAUAUCAACCCAAAUGUUGCGGAUCGUACGACUUAAGAGUUGAAUUUGACUUUGAUUUUGGAUACGGUAGAGAAAACAAUGAAGUGAAUAACUGUAUUGAACGACUCUGCUACGGAAAAGCCAAACAUGUGUUUAACCGUAUCGGCACCCACGAGGUGAAUGUGUACGGGUAUAAUUACAUCUCGGAAAUAUCGAAGACAGUACAUGUGCAGAUAUAUGCUGCCCUAGACAAUGUAACAGUUCAGGUUGUUGGAGACCCUGUGGCUGCAAGUUUGACAAGAUUUGUGAUUCUACAAAAUGAACAAAUCAGUAUUGAUGUACAACAAAACAGUAUUGAUGUACAACAAAACAGUAUUGAUGUACAGCAAAUCAGUAUUGUUGUACAGCAAGACAGAAUUAAUGUACAACAAGACAGUAUAAAUGCACAACAUAUUGAUGUACAACAAAACAGUAUUGAUGUACAACAAAACAGUAUUUAUGUACAACAAGACAGUAUUGAUGUACAACAAAUCAGUAUUGAUGUACAACAAAUCAGUAUUGAUGUACAACAAAUCAGUAUUGAUGUACAACAAAUCAGAAUCGAUGUACAACAAAUCAGUAUUGUUGUACAACAAAUCAGUUUUGAUGUACAACAAAUCAGUACUGAUGUACAACAAAACAGUAUUGUUGUACAACAAGACAGUCUAUUGAUGUACAACAAUACAAAAAAACAUUAUUGA